AUGAGUUCAAAAAAACAACAAAGUCUUGAUGAUUUAAAUUCACAUGAUGAUGAAAUUCUACUAUCUUGGAUUGAGAAAUUUAAACUUCAAUAUGGAUUGGUUAUUGAUGAAAGAGGUGUGAAAAAAGGAAAUGUCCAACCUAUCCAAACUUUUAGUUCUUCAACAAAUCCAAAAAUUAAUAAAAUCAAUCCAACUGAUUCUAUAAAAACCAAUUUGACAAUCACAAAUUCAUUAUUACAUUCUUAUCUUUUAAAAAGUGAUAUUAAAGAUAUUAAUGAUGAAAUGAUAAAGUCCUUUAGUCAAGAAGUUCCUUUUAUUAAUUUGAAAGUAAAAGAUUCAUGGAAUUUUGGACCUGAACAAAAAAAAGUAAAAGAUUCAUGGAAUUUUGAAUCUGAACAAAAUAUAGAGGAUUCACGGAAUUUAGAAUCUGAACAAAAUAUAGAGGAUUCAUGGAAUUUAGAAUCUGAACAGAAUAUAGAGGAUUCAUGGAAUUUAGAAUCUGAACAAAAUGUAGAGGAUUUAUGGAAUUUAGAAUCUGGACAAAAAGUAAAAGAUUCAUGGAAUUUAGAUGUAGAAGAUUUAUGGAAUUUAAAAUUUAAACAAACAAUUCAUUAUGAGAUUAGUAGUCAACAAAUUGAAUUGACUUUUGAAAAUUUUGUACCAUCAAAUAAAUUAAUUAAAGCUGUACAAAAGGCUUUAAAUACAGAAAAUCCUUAUCAUGAACUUGAAAUUAUAUUUAGUAAAUAUGGCCAUUUAUUAUGUAAAAAAAUUAUAUUAGGUGGAAAAUUAUCAAGAUCACAACAUUUGGAUUUGAAUGAAAAUUUAUUCACAGAAAGAAAAAUCGAAAAAAAAAUAGAUCCAUUAAGCAUAAAUAACAACAAAGAACUUGAUGAAAUGUUAAAAGAAUGGGACGAGAUUCAUGGGAAGAUCAAUGAUGAUUUUAAUUUUGAUAAUAAAAUUUUUUUUAACAUAAAUGGACUUGCAACAAAGAGAAAUUCAGUAAUUGAGUGGAUAAAAAUAAUGCCUGAAAAUUUGAAAAUUUGGGAUGUAAUUUAUUAUGCUGACUUAAUUCCACUAUAUAAAAUUUUAGAAGAAUCAUUACAAAAAGAAAUCAAGCUUCUUUUCAAAAAUCAAAUAUUAAUGAUGGAUUCAAUUAAAAUUGAAGAUAAAAAUAUAAAAUACUAUAGGGUUGAUUUUAAAACUCCUUUGAAAAGUGAUAAAUAUCAAAUUUAUGGAACUAUUUUUAAUGAAAAUCUUGAAAAGUGCUUUGAUAUUAUCAUCAAAUUUAAAUAUUUUGAUCAAUAUGGAUUUUCAACAAUCAUUGAAAAGUUUGAUGGAAAUCAAAAUGUUUCUCAUAUUUUAUGGGCAAUGGUUGGUUCUCCUAUGGAAGUAGGAUUUUAUAGCAAAGACACUAGAAAAUUAAAAAUGAUGAAUAGGGAAGAGAGUUCUGGAACUGACUUAGAUGAUAUCUUUAACACGUCUUCAUUAAAUAAUUUUCUUGGUGGUGAAGAUUUUGGAUAUUUGCUUGAUGAUAGAGGAAACAAUGUUGAAAAUACUGUUGAAAUUGCAGAAGAAAAAUAUCAAG